CCCCAGUCUCCCCUAUUGUGUAUUGGAAUAUGAUAAUAUUUGCUCUGGAUUUGAAAACUAAAUUUGAAAACUUCUUGUCAAGAGACAAAUGUGUCAUUGUUUUAUCAAAGUAAGGAAGUUAAAUUACACACUUGUGUUUCCGCACCCUUUUGUCAGAGGAAAGGGGGCUAGCUAAUAUCAGAACUGUUCAUUCUAGAACGAGGAAGACAACACAUCAAGAGGUUUCAGUUGCCGCUUUUUCUCAGUUUGACUUGCAUAGCCAGACUUGAGGACAACAGUAAAGGAAACUUAUUUUUGGGGCUCAUUUGAAGUCUGUUAAUUGAAUUAGGGAGUGAAGAGAGAGACAUGGAGGCUGUUUUUGGAUUGUUGGUGAUGAUCGCACGCGUGUCUCAUGGGAUGUUGACCUCCUCCUGUGAUGCUAGGGAGGAUGGAUGUCAGUGUUAUGGAGCUCUGGGAGGAACUGUCUAUCUCCAGCUGACUGAUACCACAGUAUCUGAACUCACAUUUAAAAAAGAUCCCACUGGUGUAACUACAGAGAUACUCCGAAUGAGAAGAAACAAAAUGAUAAUCGCUGACUCCAUUAAAGCUAGAUCAGAGUUCUUCAUGAACAACAGGACAUUUAGGAUAUCUAACACAGAAAAGACGGAUUCUGAUGAAUACCUCUUAGAAACAUUUCAUUCUAAUGGAAGUUCAUUGGCCACCAGAAGACUGCACCUGUUCAUUGAAGGGCUCAUAUAUAUUAACUGUACCUUAUCCACCGGGACAAAGAUAUCAGGGUGGGUGAAUGCCACCGACAAUGACCAGUUCCACUGUCAACUAACCGCUGGUGCUACCGGACCUGGGUUCAAUAUGUUUGUUUAUUUCCAACUUGCUGAAGUCUUCAUUCUGCUGGCAAUCUGUCUGGGAUCAUACUGUUUCAACAAGAAGAAAACCUGUCCUCAAGAGCAAGAUGAUGGUGUGUAAGCAGAGGAAUAUGAAGUCUCUCAGGUGGAUCACGGUGGAUGUCCUAAGAGUUGCUAUGGGGAUCAACCAGGCUUUGAGAUUACCUUAUGAAAUAAUGACUAAUGAUGAUAUAAUACCACUUAUCACUCUUUUAAUCUUGAAACUCAAAGCACAGUCAUGUAUUUAAACCAAUAAAAGACCAUUCUAUUCUUUUGACAUUUAUUUUCUUAUUUUCAUUAUGUUCCUUCAGACCUGCCUUUAACAACAUGAAUAGUGAAUGAUCUAUGUGAUGGUGUUCAUUUAAUCGAUUUUAACUCUUGAAUGGUAGUGUUUUAGUGCUGUUUUUUUGUUCAUACUGUUACAUAAACUAAUGAAAAAGUUCUUUUUGAAAAUACAUUUUCUUUCACAUUCUAAUUUUACCUUCAUAAACACAAACAGAUAAUUAUUUUACCAAUAGCAUACAUCACAUGUAUUUAUUAGACUGUUAGAAUGUUGACAUCUGAAAGACUCAUCAUUGGCUUGAAGGGGUCCCUCUAGGCUUUUCUAGUGUUAAGUAUCAUUUAAAAUGUCAAAGGAGUGUAUAGUACAGUGUAUUGAUUGCAUGGCAGGGUUUUGUUUUUUGAUGCUUGUGAUAUACAAUAACAGAAAUGUUCGAGAGUUGAAAGGCUUUUUAAUUGGGGAACUGUAAGAUAGGCUUUCAUUGUUAUUGUAACUUCAUCAUGUUUGAUGUAUUGGUGUGAUUUUAAUGCAUAGAAAUAAGAGCAAGAAACUUUUAAAACAUUUGAAAUCUA